UUAUCUAUAACUAACUAUACAAUCAACAUGUUUGACGAGCUGGACGAGAAAUUCAAGCAGCUUUGUCAUCGUCCGAAACUGGCAUAGAACCCAGAUAAUCCGGUGUAUUAACUAACUUAGCUCGGUUUCGUUGGAGCAGUUUAAACCUUUGGAUUUUUAGUAGCUGAGAGGAGUUUAUCAUGAUGACUUGGAAUGUUUGGUUUUGCUGGAGUUUGGCAGCUUUAAUAUUCCAAGUAGAAAGUCAAUCUUGUGGCCCACGCAUUAGCGCCCGUUUUCUGACAGAUAUUCCAUGUGACAUGACUAGAUCAUCCUACUGUUCUCUCCCUGGGAGUGCAUACCCAUGGCAUUCCGUUCGAAGAUAUAUAAACGAUAACCAAGGACUUGUGAGGCGAAUGUAUGGAGACCAACGUCACAGCUUCAUUCUUCAACAAGAUAUAGAAACCAGACGGUCACGGUACAUCAACACUCCAGAAUUUCCUGAUUUUCGAAACCAAAAGGCUGCUCGAGUGCGACUAAAUUCACGACAUCAAGUGUUUCCUCAGGUCAUAAAUUUAUUUCCAAUGGAGUCGAAUCGUAAAGGUUCUACGGAGACUCCAGAGACAAUCAGUCCUGAAAAAGAUCCGGCUACCAUCAGUGAAGGGGACAGUUUUAGGAAAACGGAAGCAUCGAGUACUUCCGCCACAGAAUCAAUACCUUCCUUCCUUACGACUGGUGAUUCAACCGAGGCUACUUUGUCUUCGAAGGAAACACUAGAAAUGACAGCUAACGACCCAGUAACUUCACACCAAAGUGAUACGAAGACUACAGGAAAGGAUAAAAACACUUACAGUCCGCUGUAUGAUGAAGAUACGAGUGACCUGCAAGAAAAGAUCAACUUCAUAAACUCCAAUUACCUGAACUCGGACACAGAAGAAAACGAGAAGACCACUACAAAAGUUGGAGUGAAUGCGUGUCCGGUAAAGGAAGAAGUCGUUGCACCAUACUGGGCCAACAACACUCGAGGUGAGACUCUCGCCUUGCUCAACGUUUAUCCAUUUGAACAAUACGUCAACUGGGAAAAAUGCGCGUAUGAAUAUCAGCAGAUGUAUUGUAGAGUCGGCUGCCGUUGUGAACAACAAUACCGACUUCAUCGACUUCUGGCCUUAGAUCCUAAAAACGAAUGUCGAGGAAUCUUUUCCGAUUGGUUCCGAUUUCCAUCGUCGUGUGUGUGUAUCUGUUACGAUAUUCCUCCGGAGAGUUCACAUGAACUUUCAAGGAAUGACAGACAGAAUUAGAGUUUAAUAAUAUCGAGAGAAAGUUACUAGGGGACUUCAUAUUUCAUUUUUACCGAGUCUCGUGUACAGUUUUAAAAAAAUCUGUGAUUGGUCGGUUGAUACGUUGAAAAACUAACCGUUCACAACUACGUCACCAUUAGCUCGUGUUGGAACGAAAUAUAAACUAAUUAGUGAAAACUGUUUACCUGUAUGAAUCGCUGUAUAAUUAAAGGCAUGACUUUACUGUACGUCGUCUGUAGACUGUACUGUAUGCACGUUCGCGAAGGAAGAACUCCCUGUGCGACGCUCUUCCGAAUAAAAUCAAACACUCCGCUUGUGGUGCCAUCUGGCCCUUUCUACACCGAAACUUCUCAAGCAAUGUAAUAGGCUUAUAUGACCACAUUCAGUUGCAAUCCAAAAUACUUUUAAUCCCAUUAUUAUUGUAAACCUGUCUCCCACACAUAAAUUAGAAGCCCAGUUUUUUUAUAGGUUUACUUUUUCGUCGCGUUUUUCUGUGACUAACAUGAAUACUGGUGUCGCGUUUAUCUGAGACUAACAUGAGUACUGGUGUCGCUUUUUGCUAGAUUAAAGUUGAAUGAUACCAACAACGCCUUGACACAGUUUCUACACCCACUUCCUCUAAUGUCAGCACUUAGACAUAAGUUUCCUGCGAACCUAACUCACCUUGUGAAGACGACGGUUAGCGAAAAACGUCGUGGGAUACUGUGCGCAUGCUGAACAUCUUAAAUAAACAUUCUUUUUGAUUAUUAAAGUAUAGCCUAUAUAAAAUUACUGUGGUGAAAAUAAACACUU